AAUAAAGUUGGCUUGUUGCCGGCAACUACAGUGUACGUCUGUGUCACUGCCGGGAGCGCCCGGCGCCGGCGUCGUUUUUGCACCGACGCGUGCACCGCCGGCAUAGCUCGUCGCAGCGCCCCGAAGGGCAGCCUCCCGUCGCCGGGACGGCCGCUCCGGUCGCCAGGAGCCAGUGACGAAGACUCUCGAAGGGCUCCGGGAGCACGACGUUGCGCGACGACUGAGCGUCCUCCUUAGAACCAGCAGGCGCUUCUCGAGCUCGCCUCUCGCUCGUUAAACACGGCAGCCAUCCUCAGGCAAAAAAAUCAGUACACCGGACGCGGCGGCGUCACGAGACGAUGGCCAGCAGCGCCCUCCUCUCGACGUGGACGACCUGCGCUGCCCUCCCACCAAUUGAUCCGGAGUUGGAGGAGCAGCCCAUCACCCAAAAACACGCGAAGAUCGGCGCCUACCAGCUCACGAGGAAGCUCGGAGUAGGAGAAUUUGCUAACGUCUACGAGUGCAUCAAGCGUGAAGAAGCGACAAAUAGAGCUACUGCAAAAAAGUACGCCUUCAAGGCCAUCAAGAAGGCCCGCGUCCAAAGGCACGCCCAACUCCACAAGGCGAAGCGAAAUAUUAAGCGCGUUGAUACCGAGGUUGCGAGUAUGAAGAAGUUAAGUCAUGGAGCUGUCGUGCGGUUGUAUGAUGUUAUUCAAUCACCAAGUAUGCUCUACAUCGUGCUGGAGAAGGGCGACCGGGAUUUGUACUCGUUCCUAGAUUCACAUGAAUAUGCCGAUGGGUGCCCGGACGACGUCGUGAAGUCCGUGAUGCGCAUCGCGGCUCUUGGAUUGAGACAUUGUCAUGCUAAUGGAGUAGCCCAUAGAGACCUGAAACCAGAAAAUAUCUUGGUCGUGGGGCAACCGGGCGACUGGUCACUGCUAGAAGAGAACGACGACCCUUGUAAAAGAGGAGUUGUUAAAUUAUGUGAUUUCGGGCUCUGUGCCGACGUCAGUUCAGGAGAGAACCUGACGGAUUUCGUCGGAAGUCCAUGCUUCUUCGCCCCUGAGAUUUUGUUGGAUGGGUCCUACGACGGCCGAGCGGCCGAUGUGUGGUCCCUCGGUUGCGUCAUGCUCGAGAUGCUUUUGGGGCAUGCCGCCUUCUCGCAGGUCUGGUGCCCGCCCUACGACCAGCUGAAGAACGACGACAAGUUUCGAAGUGCGAUCCACGUCGCGGUUCAAGAAGUCAAAGCGGGCUGCACGGAGUGCGCGCCCUCGCCCUUGUAUCUAUUGUUGGACAAAAUCCUGGAGUUGCAGCCCUACCGUCGAAUGUCCAUAGAGGACGUCUGCCAGAUGGAGUACUUCGAUCUCAUGCAGACCUCGCCGAAUGGCCACUCGAAGAUGCUGCGGAUGACCUACGACAAGAUGCGCCGAUCCUUCGGUCCCGGGGGUUCUCCCACCAAACCCUUACAGCGGCGCCAGCGCAUCACGCGGAUCAGUCAGAACCCGCGGGAAGAGCAGAUCGUCGUCGCGGCGCCUGAGACGAACGUCAACGACUUGUGCAAUACGAACGUCAACGAGUUGUGCAAGAUGCCGUCGCGAACCGUGUGGAAAUCGAAUCACUGCGUCUGCUCGAUGGCGUGGAGGACUUUCCGCGCAGGUCGCCCAUCGAGCGCAUCAUGAAGAAGUUCGGCCGCGUCAAGACG